AUGGAAUUCAACAGACCGGUGAGAAUUAAAUUGACCGGUAAUAUAAAUGACAACUUUAAGACAUUUAAGCAAGAAAUAGAAGUUUAUUUCAUGGCUACUGAAACAUAUAAAAAACCAAAAGAAGUUCAGGUGGCACGACUACUGAACCUUUUAGGACCAGAUGGUUUGAAAUUAUUUAACACAUUUAAAAUUGAAGAUAAAUCUAUUGAAACAAUUUUCAAAUGUUUGGAAGAAUAUUGUGUACCCAAAAAGAAUGUGGUAAUGGAGCAUUAUAAAUACUUUACUAGAAAACAAAAUGAAAAUGAAUCAUUUGACAAAUUCUAUGCUGACUUACGCGAACUUAUCAAGUCAUGUGAAUUUGGAGAAGCUGAAGAAACUCUAUUGUGCUCACAAAUAGUACUUGGUAUACAUGAUAAGGAUCUACAGACAAAAUUACUCAGAGAACAUUUGCCAUUGCCCAAAAUCAUCAAGUAUUGUCAAGCGGUUGAGCAGGCCGAGAUGCAUCGACGUGUGGUUCAAAAAGAAAGUCCAGCUCUGGAUCAAAUUGAAGAACGUCAACAAUUCAAAUCAAAAGGAUGGAGUCAAAUUAAGCAAAAUAAUAAGUCACAAAGAAAACAGGAGCAUAAGAACAAAAAUCAGGUAAAUUAUAAAAAUAAAAAUUCAGGAGAAAGUCAAAAUAAUAAUGUUAAAAAGUUUAGUUGUAACAGAUGUGGUAUAUCUCAUGGUAUAAAUGAAUGCCCUGCUUAUGGAAAAACUUGUAAUAAUUGCUUUAAACUCAACCAUUUUGCAGUAAAGUGUAGAAAAGGUGCUAAUAAAGGAGAGUUGCAUGAAGUUCAAUGUAAUAAUAGUAAUGACGAGGAAGAAGAAUUAACUUAUUUGUCAUUAAAUAGCAUUGAGUCAGAGAAACAAAUAAAUUGGACUGAUAUUGUUGUGAUUGAUAGUAAAAAAGAAUUAAAAAUUAAAUUAGAUACAGAAGCUCAGUUGAAUGUAAUGCCUCUUAAAGAAUUUAAAAAAUUAAAUAAAAACUUAGAGAAAAGUUCAGUAGUUAUUAAAUCAUUUGGAGGAUUUAAAAUAGAGUCAUUGGAAAAAGUUAAAGUAAAUUUAAAAAACUCUAAGAAUGAAAUUAGUACCUAUUUUGAAGUUGUUAAUUACAAUGAUUUGCUAAUACUAGGGUUAAAGGAUUGUAUUAAACUAAAUUAUGAAAUUAAAGAAGUAAAUGAAAUUAAUAGUUGUAAAACAGAAAAAGAUGUAUUCUUACAAAAGUAUAAUGAUAUAUUUAAUGGUUUAGGAAAAUUUCCAGAAAAAAUUUCUAUAAAAGUUAAAGAUGACGCUAAUCCUAAAAUCUUUCCACCAAGAAGAGUACCUUAUAAAAUAGUAAAUAAAUUAAAAGAAACACUAGAUAAAAUGUGUGAAUUAAAGAUUAUAGAAAAAUGUAAAGAACCAAGCGAAUGGCAGAGUCCUAUAAUAAUAAUUAAAAAACCAGACAAAAGUCUAAGAGUUUGUUUAGAUCCCAGGGAGCUUAAUAAAAAUAUAGUUAGGGAAAUGUACCAAAUACCAACACUAGAAGAAAUUAAAUUAAAUUUAUUAAAUAAAAAAUAUUUUACUUUAUUGGACCUUCGUGACGGAUUUUAUCAAUGUGAAUUAGAUCAGAAAUCACAAAACUAUUGCUGUUUUAGUACACCUUUGGUGGGUAUAAGUACUUAA